AUGGCAAGUGAGGAAGAGAGUUUUCUUGUCUUAGUGCAUUGCUCUGGAAAAAUCAAAAGAAACAAAAAAUAUGGUGUGAAGUUCACUGACAGAGAACCAUUGAGUGUAUUCAUCAGUUCAUCAAGCACUUUGUCAGAUGUGAAGAACAGCAUCCCGCAGAAGCUUGGGGUAUUUAGGAACAAGUGGGUGAAGAAGCUAUUCUACAAGAUUCCCAUCGCAGUUGUCUCGACCGGUGUUAAGUAUGAUACGUUUGUGCUAGCGGCUGAUGAAGAUAUUAGGGUUCUGUUUCAUUGUGUUAGGAGUUUUCCGGAGGUCAGAAUACACGAGUUGUUCGCGAAGUUGGAGGUUGGUGUCGAUAGUUCUGGGGCAUCAGCUCCAGUUCAUAGCUCGACUGCCGUGGGCGGUGUGUCUAGUUCGAUGCCUGUGGUAAGACCAUCUGUUCCGCAGGUCGCAUUCCCUUCAUUCGCGGCUGAUUUAGAUCGAACGGAGACAGUUGGAUCUGUACCGUUGGAGAAUCCUGGGGUCUGGCAGCAGCCAUUUGAGGUGGGCACCGGUGGUGGCAUGAUUCAUGAUGCUCAAGGCUUCGGAGAACCUGAUCGAGUAGAGAAUGCAAUGCGGGACGAUGACUCUGACCAGGAGCCUGUAGAUAUCAUUGGGGACAGCAAUGAUGACACAGGUGCCAAUCCACAUACACCGCAUGGGCCUUCAAGUUCUGGCACACAGCAGUACCCUCCACACUUCUCCACUCUAAACUUGGAGGCUCUGGGUCAACAGGCAGACAGUGGUGCUACAAUUGGGGGUUCUUCUACAGAAUUUCAGAUUGGACAAUCAUUCCAGAAUAAAGAUGAAGCUAUGCUGAGUGUGAAGGACUAUAGCAUUCGUCGGGGUGUUGAGUACAAAGUCUUGGAAUCGGAUCAUCUGAAGUAUCAUGGAAAAUGCAAGGAGUUCGGCAAGGAUUGUACUUGGUUGAUUCGCAUAUCGCUGCGUGCACGAAAGAGCACUUGGGAGGUUAGGAGGUACAUCGGUUCGCACACUUGCUUGGCGACCUCUAUUUCCAGUGAUCACCGUCAGCUGGAUUACCAUGUUAUCUGUGCGAGGAUUUUGCCGUUUGUUAGGGCGGAUGCUGCGGUUACGAUAAAGGUCUUGCAACAAGCAACAGAAGCCGAUUACGGGUUCAGGCCUAGUUACAGGAAGGUUUGGAUGGAAAAACAGAAGGCUGUAGCACAAAUAUAUGGAGAUUGGAAGGAGUCGUAUGCCGAGUUGCCUCGUUGGAUGCUAGAGACAUUUCCGCCCUGCAUCGAGGCCUUCCGGCAUUGCAAGCCCCUUGUGAGUAUUGACGGAACCCACUUGUAUGGCAAGUACGGAGGCAGACUACUGUUGGCGAUAGCGCAGGAUGGGAACUCGAACAUCCUCCCGAUAGCCUUCGCCCUUGUGGAGGGAGAAAAUGCAAAGUUAUGGUCAUUCUUUUUGUCCAACCUACGAACGCAUGUGACGCCACAAGAGGGUGUACUUGUUAUCUCUGACAGGCAUAAUGGCAUCAAGGCUGCCCUUGAAGCCCCCGAGAAUGGUUGGCUGCCUCCACGUGCUUUUCGAGCGUACUGUAUUCGUCAUGUGGCAGCGAAUUUUAGCCUUAGCUUCAAGGGUAAAGAUGCAAGGAGGAUGCUGGUGAAUGCUGCAUAUACAAAAACUGAAACAGAGUUUUAUUACUGGUUUGGCAUCAUGCGGAUUGAGAAUCCAACCAUGUGUGACUUGGCCAACCGGAUGGAGUAUGACAAGUGGACCCAAUACGAGGAUAGCGGUAGGCGCUUCAGGCACAUGACAACCAAUAUUAGUGAAUGUGUGAAUUCUAUGUUAAAGGAAACUCGCAACCUACCGGUCACUUCGUUGGUUAAGUCCACUUACGGGAGGCUUGCUGAGCUAUUUGUGGUCCGCGGACAGACAUCAGAGGCACAACUUGGAUCUGGGCAUGAAUUUUGUCAGGCGUUGGUGAAGGCUAUUGAUCGGAACAUAAGAGACUCAAGGUGCUUCACCAUCACGUUAUAUGACAGGCACCAAUCAGAGUACACAGUGGCUGAGACAAUACCGACCAGGAACUUCUCGCUAGGUAGCUAUCGAGCAAUCCAUUAUCCAUGUUAUCACGCCAUUGCGUGUUGCGCCCACUCGCGCCUGAAUUGGGCGUCAUAUGUUCACGAGGUGUAUCGUAUGAGUGAGUUGUUUAACGUUUACAAGCACGGGUUUGUUCCGCCUAUCCCAGAAGGCCUAUGGCCCCCAUAUUCUGGACCAACUGUCAUUCCUGAUCCCAACAUGAGGCGUACAAGGGAAGGUCGUCCGAAGGCAACCAGGAUCCGCGAAAGCAUGGAUCAGUCUGAUGUGAACCAGCCGAAGCGAUGUGGCCGCUGCCGGCAGCCUGGUCAUACGCGGAGGAACUGUGACCAGCAAAGAAAUACAGCUGGCGGGGAUGGUUAG